AGCCACAGAAAGGGGAGGAGGAACCGAGGAGACGAAGCGAUCGGGACAGGUGGUGUUGGAGUGCAUAUGAAGGAGGAUCCAGCCAACACAGCUGUUCCACCACAACCUGAGCAUCGCCACAGCACUCCCUCCUCCCCUUAUAACACGGUGGUGACAGAACACGACCACUACCACCACCAACGACCACACCACAGGGCCACCACCCACUACAUGAGCGGUGGAAGAUGUCCCUGUCCAGCCUGAACGUGGAGGAGGACGGGACUAUUGAGCUGGGAGACAGUAUAGAGAGCUUGAGCUUCCACCAGGCGCUCAACGUGUUCUUAGUGACCACAAGAGAGGGCCGAGUGCGCGUGUUCGACCCUCACUCUUGCCUCAAGCUUUCAGACGUCCCUGUUCAUGGAGAUGGCUGUAUGCGUGGGGGGGUGGUGUGUGUGUAUCAUGGAGAAAGCAAAAGUGUGGUGGUAUGCGGUGGCCGAACAGUGGGCAUGCGCCGGGACCAUCAUGGUGUGCUCUUGCUUGCCACUGUCCUCCAGGGUCCUGUGUCUGCCCCAGAAGAGACCGUCACAGUGGAGAUGCUACUGUCAGAGGGUAUCCAGCUGCAGCAUACCUUAGCCUUUGGGGAAAUGAGCAAUCUGGAGCAUGCAGCUGAAGUGAGGGAAGUGCUGGCGCAGGGCAUAGCGGCUCAUCAGGCACAGUCCCGUACCAAUCCUAAGUUGGCCAAGUGGAGCACCCUCAGGCUAGAGCUGCCCCUGGGUGUGCUUCGCAGUGUGUGCCUUGGCCUUGUUAUUGAACUCAAGAGAGUGUCACGCUACAUCCCGGCCCUGUCCAUUGCCUCAGCCCUUAUCCAGCGUCUGGGCCACCUCUUACCUCCCCCAACCCCUGACACAGGGCAAGGACCUCCUGGUGCUGGCCCCCCUGACAGGGAGGCCAUGUGUAGUGAGGCUGCCAGACUUGCUACAUUCAUAAAAUGGCCACAUAUGAAUUACAAAUGGGCUCUGCCUGAGCAAAUGGCUCAAGCUGGCUUCUUCCACCAACCCAUUGCUGCUGAUGAUGAUCGGGCCAUGUGCUUCAUCUGCAGUGUGUGUUUGGUGUACUGGGAGCCAACAGAUGAACCAUGGUCAGAGCACGAGCGACAUUCUCCCAACUGUCCGUUUGUGAAGGGAGAGUAUACUAACAAUGUGCCACUGUCAGUCACCUAUGCAACCAGCCCGGCCCUCACCCACUCAGAGCGUGCUGAAGAAGUGGCCUUCCUUAGCAACACCAACAGCCACCAGUUCAUUGCCUCAGCCACACGCCAUGGCAACAUUGUGGUGUGGAACGUGUCCAAACAGCUCAAGAAGGAAGUUAGUUUCUCCAUUGACCCAUCGGAUUCCACCAUCUUAGACAAGCACUUCUCAGACACCGUGGGUUACACAGACAUGCCACUGCAGCCCCCAGCCCCAUGUGAAGCCUGGGCGUGGCCAGCUGCUGAAGAACAAAAGGUGGCAGCAGCAGCAGCAGGAGGCACUAACCCUGAACCCUUACCUCAGGCAUCUCAUACUGAUGCUGAGGUUUCCUCAUCUGGGUUGACUGUAGAAACUGACUCAGCAGCUAUUCAUGCAUCAACUGAAGCUAUUCCCUCUGGUCCCCAAGUGUCCACCCCACCCCCACCACCACCACCACCACCAGCCUCACAGGUGGUAGAGCUGCCCCUGGAUGACAUAGUUGUGGAUGAGCUGUUUGUACACCCCCGGCCAUCUCAUGAUGUGCGUGUCUCCUCACUCUGUGUACUUGCUGACCCCAGUGAAGUGGCCCAGCGCCUGAAGGGAGCAGCUGUAGGCCAGGCAUCAGCUGCACGGUCGUGCCUGGUAGUUGGUGCUGGCUUGCGCCGCUAUGAACUCUUUGGGACAUGUGGGAGUGAGCGGGCUGAUCCUUGUGAUGUACAAACUCUUAAUGAUGUGAACCAGGCUGGACAGCGUCCAGCUCAGAGUCUAGAUAUUAUGAAACUGGACUCAUCCAGAAGGGAUUCUUCAGCAGGGGAGGAUGGAGAUCCUGACCGACCCCCACCAGAAUAUGGGUCAGCUCCACCAAGUGACUCCGGCGGGAUGUCAGGUGGUGCCGCCACUCUUGCCCAGCAGAUCUUUGUGCCAUACCUGUUAGUGUAUGACCUGAAUGUUUUAGUCCAGAGACCUGCAACUAGCAACAGAAUAGUGGCCAAAGGAGGUGGCCAUGGCCCAUACAAAAAAUCAACUGUUAAGGUUGGCUCCUUCAACCAGACCAAUAACAUUUCCCACUCCAAGACGAAACUGUGGUCUGACCCACCGCUGUUAUUGCACAAUGAUAUAGAGAUGUUUUUCUCCCCACCCAACAUGUUCGUCAAAAACAAAGGCACCACCCAAGCUGGCCCAGCUUCCUUGGCAAAGAGUAAAGCCAAAGAAAGUCAGACAAUGCCAGAACCACCUACCAAAACAGAACUGAAAAAAGAACCUAAAUGCAUCCAGUGCCUGCCACUGCCUCACCGCUUGGACUCUCUCAAGUUGCGGCUGUCUGUGUUGCAGCUGGCUCCCACCCCCUGUGGAGAGUACUUGGUGGUGUCUCUUGGCCGCAGUGAUGGGCCAGAAGGGAUGGUGUCUGGUGGGGUGGCUGGAGCUGUGAUGGUGUAUCGGGUGUGUGGCGGUGGGGAGGUGGUAGUUCUCCAGGAAGAGCCAGUCACCACCAAACUACUUACUUCAUGGGAACUUGUGCCCCUGAAACUGCUGUUACUGCCACCUGAGUUUGGAGAGUGUGAAGGAGGGCUGUGUGGUGGUGUAGGAGCAUGCAUCACCAUGGAUGGCUCCCUGCGCCUCCUGUCCUUGGCGACCCUUGAGUUCUUCCAUCAUGUGUCACCACCUGCAGGCCGACCUUUCAACAAUCUAGUUUAUUGUAACAGUCUGGAGAGGCUGUGUGUUAGCUGUGAUGAUGGCCGGGUCAGUCUAGUCCAGGUCCACCGUGAAGCUGACCUGGGGAAGGAGAGUGACCCUGGUGCAACAACUUCAACGCCAGCCUCAACUUCCUCAGCCUCAACCCCUGCCCUCACUCGGGAACCUGAUCUCCAACCUGGAGAACUCUUGGUGAGCCAAGGUGUGACUGAAGAGGUGCUAGACAAAUGUCUUCUACUUACACAGUUCCAGACUGGCUGUCCCAAAUUUGUGGCUACAGUGCCGCCGUGUUGGUCUGAGAUCAUACAGGCCCAGAAGCAGAGGCGGAAUCCCCAGCAUCUGCAGCAACACCCGGAUGACCUGGACACCACUCGCACCUGGCGUCUGGAAGCUGACAGCUCCACUUGGGAUGAGCACCUGUUCGAGUUACUGCUGCCAGCCGGGGCCAGUGGGACUGGAGCUGUCCAGGUUGGCCACAUUGACCUCAAGCUGAAUUUUGUCCAUGGCCCACCCAAUCCCCUACCAACUUUACAGGUGACAUUGCUGAGGCAAAAUCUUGCCACCCCACGGAGGCACCAAACUCCACAGCAGGGCAGCACUGGGAGCAGUGUGGGUUCUUCCUCCCCCACACAUUCCCAGGGUCCCUCCACUUCCUCCACCCAGGGCCCCUCCACUUCUUCACAAGGUCCAUCUACCUUCACAUCCUCCCAGCCCUCCAUCUCUUCUCAGUCCUCCAUGCAGGGGCCCUCCACAUCUUCCAAUAUACCUGAUGAUGCAUCUGAGUACCCAGAGAAUCCUGUUCUAACCCGAGAGUUUCAGCUGAGUCACAAUGCUGAAAUUCUGUGUGGACCAGUCACUGUGAACCGUUGUGUUGACUUGUCUGGACAAGCAGCCAAUGUCACCCUCACCUCUCCAGCCCUACUGGCUUGUCGCACUCGCACCUACCUCAUCCACAUCAAAGCCUUGCCACCAAAGCUUACACAGCAGCAGCAGCAACAGCAACAGCAACAGCAACAGUCACAGACACAGCAACAGCAGCAGCAACAACAGGAAGUACAGAAGAACAAUGAUCUCGACCUGGUGUCACAGUACAUGCCACCAAUAUCUUCCACCUUUCUUGAUCGCCUUGCUGCCACCUCCUCCAGCAAGCGGGUGGAGGUGGUGCGCGGCUGUGAUGUUAUUCAGGAGCUGUCCGUCACAGUGCGUUGCUGUACCAGGACCUCCAUCCCUCAUGAGAGACUACAAAGGUUGUCAUUGGUUGAGAAUGAAGGCUUCCAUAAGUCUCUGUUGGAGGCAACCAUCAGUGAUGUUUCGUCUGACCACCUCCGCCACCGAGCUCUUGACCUCUUUUUAUGGCUCAUCUCAAUACACACUGCUGCAGUGGAUGACCGCACUCUGAGUGUCCCCAUUAUCACAAUGCUCCAGCUGCAUCUCUCUGGUCUCGUGCGCAGUUGCCUCCUGCUUGGAGAACGUGCAGUGGCUCACAAGGCAUCUAAGAUUAUCGUCACUGCUUUAGAAGGAUCACGAGUGGUGGAAGGUGGCUUUGUGUUUGGCUGGGCUGUGCUAGAUGCCCUGCUGGAGUGCCUUGAUGACAUCUUGCAGUGCCAGAGUGCUGGUGCCCUUCACUGGUUCUUCACCCUUCUCAACCAUUUCAAAUGGUGCAAUCCCUGGGGGACUGCACGCAAGGUGACUCAGCUGCUGACCAUGGUGUCCGAGGCUCUUAGUAGCAAAGUGGAUCCCUUCCACACCAUGCUGCAGACCCGCUUUAAUCUUUAUGGAACUCCACUUGAAAGGGAGCUCUUUGAUACAGAGCCUCCCCUCCUCACCAAACAGUCUUUAAAUGGAGGCCCUACAGGACAAGCCAACACUGGUCACCCCACAGCUAAUACAACAUCCAACAAUAACAACAAUAACAACAACAACAUCAUUACCUUUGGGGGAGGUGCCAUGUCUGGAGGCAUGAUGCCACCAGGUGGAACACAGGCCACAGGGACUGUCAUUGGCAAAAGCAGUGGGUCUGGAGGCACUUCUGGACACCCAUAUCUGACGGCAGGACGGGACGACAGUGACAUUGGGGCACUUCUUGGACGCACUACCUCGCCUGGCUCUUUCCUUGGCCUGAGCCACACUUCAGCCUUGUGUGGACUGCUGGAGGUGGAGCCUCUACACUUUACACUCCACAUGGCCAGUGAUGGAACCAAAAUGGAGCGUGCCUCCACAGGUCACUCCGGCAGCCCCUUCAUGAUGCAGCCAUUCACCAUUCCUGGGGGACUGGACUCCUUGGCCCUGGCACAGGUGGAGUCCACAGCCAAUGCUGGCAAUGCUAAGACUGUUGAUGGUGCUGUCAGUAUGCUGCACAAGGCAGUUGAGGACAUGGCUGUCAAAAACCAGGCAGUGGAACUGUUGUUGGCCAAGAAGGCAACCAAGACAUACCUGGAGAAGCUGCAGACCCUCAGUGAUCAGCUUGCUUCCAUGAAGCACUGCCUGCAGAAGGCUAAGCAGCGCACUCAGACCCUGGCCAAGGUGGUGGCAGCUGAGAAUUCCACCUCGCCAGCACUGCUGCCACUCGAUGGACCAGUCAAGGAUGGGGAGGCCAAGGAGGAGGUCAGCACAAUCUCAUCAUCCAGCAGCUCCUCAGAGGCCACCCCAGAUCAUGAAAGUAUUGAUGCUAUGCUUUUGGCUGAAAUUCAAGCCCUAGACUUGAAAUUAAUAUAUGCUGACAAGAAAGAGUCUGAAGUAGCCAAACAAGUGGGAGGACCAAGUUCAUAUGCCAAGAGGAAAAGUGAGGAAGAUGUAAGUUCCAUAGAAAGCAAGGCAUCCACUCCCUCAGGCAGUCACCCCCAGGCCAAAGAUGGAUCAGGAGGAGGAGGGAAGAAAGGUCCAGCAGUCCAGAGUACCUUGGGUGCCCCAUGGCAGCAGCUCCUUUCACUUCCCCCACAACAAAUGCUGGUCAUUGAAAGGAUGCACUCUGGAGCUCGUCGUUUUGUUGUCCUGGACUUCGGCUCUCCUGUACUACUGACUGAUGUGGUCAUCCCUGCCUGUGGUGACCUGGUAUCCCUCAGCAUUGACAUCUGGAUGACUGGCGAGGACAUGGAUGGAGAGCGGUUGGUAGUGGCCUCUGACAUUGGCUUGAGGCCACUGAUACUUGCUGACCUGCAGCCCCCCCCACUUUGUCGAUACUUGAAGGUCACUACCUUAGGGAGGUACGGAAUGAACAGCUCCUCCCAGUGCCGCAUCCCUGUGGGUGCCUUCUACGGCCACACUCUCAUCCUACCGUGGCAGCUGCAGCCAGAUGAGGUGCAGCCAACUGUGGUCAAUAAACAGUCAGCUCAGACACAACUGACAGUACUGGCCAGUGUGGUUGAAGACAUUGGGUGCCGGUACAGCUUGGCAUGCAGCAAGCUCCGGGCCUUGCUGCACCCUCUCCUCAUGAGUCCCACCACUCCCUCUACACCUCACACAUCCUUUGGUGCUGCAGAGCUUCCCUACAGCUCCCGUGAUGCAGACUUAGAGAGAAAGAUAACCCAUGCCUUCCAGGAAUGUAUGUUGGAACAGCAACACCUCAAUCUGGUUGUGUCUGUGAUGCGUCGCCUGCAGUCUGUGGGUGGGAGCACAGGAGAUCCUGGAGGAACAGCCCCUUAUUCUCCUUCCUCUGCCAAGAAUCAACACUCAGCCACCACAGCCUCCUCAGACAAACUGGCCACACUCAUGCAGUAUCUCCUUGACUGCCUCCUCACUCUCUCCCUUCCCAUCUCUGGCAUGGCUGUGCCCCACAAUCUAGUGGAAUGGUGUGGACCAGAUCAGGCAAGAGUACUGGUAGAGCAGGUAUGUGUCCGAGGCCCAAAAGCAGCACAGGUUGGAGUGGCCUCCCUGCUGGCCCGCCUGUGUGCUGGCCAGCCUUGGUGGGGUGACUUUUUGGCUUCUACAAUGGUCAGUCUCUUCACAGCUACCAACACUCUCCACUUCCCUGCUACCAGAGUGUUUGCACUGCUCACAUUCCUCGGCCAGAAAAGCGUAGGAAGCGGGCGAGGAAGUCAGGUGAUUGAUGCCAUUCUCCGUGCACUCUCAGCUCAACUUCAUGGCUCUGCAGCCCCAGUGCCAGAUCCAGUUUGGCCUUCUUGGACCACUGGUGGUCCUCAUGUUGAUACACACCUCGUAUCUUGGCUAUUGCUGUACCUGUCCCUUUGUCUGGAUGCUCUCACUCCAGCAAGGAAAACUGAGGCUGAGAAGACUAAAGAUAGUGGAGGAGGGGGCCGGUGGGCCUGGCUAGCUGCUGAAAGUUGUCUUCAGCGGCGGGGCAGUGAAACGGGCCGCAGCGCUCCACGGGCACCACGGGAAAGGCUGCGAAAGAGGCUAGUUCACAAUCAGAAGCAACAACUGGUCAAUUUGGAAACAGCCACAAAAUCCCUUGGAGAAGUAGGCUCUGGGCAGGUACUAGGAGCCCUCAGCGGGGAGAUUUACCACAAAUUAGAUACCAUUCGACGCUCCAUCGUGAGGCGCUACUCACGCACCACAUCCACAUCCUCUGGAAAUGCUGGUUCUCGCAAGGAGGAUUCAGACACUCCAGGGGAAACAUUCACCACACUGGACCGAGCCACCUCUCUCUCCGUGGCUCAUGGCCUGGUCAAGCUCCUCAUGAAUUCUAGUUCACCAUGCUGUGUAGAUUCCUUCCUUCUGACUUGUAAGGUAAUUGGGGGACUUGUCAGCGUGGUACGACCCAGCCCGGCCUUAGGGGAGAUAGUGAGCAGUGACCAGCUUGGGGCUCUGCUGCGCCAUGCCCUCACCCUAGACACAACAUGGGGUGCUCCCUGGGCCCUUCAUGCCCUCACCUGUCUGCUGCAGGAUGUGUUGGAAGGAGAGCGGGUGUGUGGUGCAGUAGUGGUGGUGAGUGCUGACCAUCAUCGAGAGGAUGUCGACAACUUUGAUUUGGUGCUGGAUGCUGCUCGAUCCUCUGCCACCACCACCUUAUCUGCAGCCAGCCAGCCAGGGCCCUCUGGAAUGUCUGGCGGGACAGCCAAUGGCACUACUGAUGAAGGGGCUGCUGCUGCCUCCCCACAAGAGGAGACCAAUGGAGCAUUAGGGCAAUGCGUGGCCACACAGAAUUGUCAGGCAGACCAAUCAGCCACAUCCCUCAGUCCACCAGUGGUCAGCAUGGCUACUACUCACUACACUGCCCUGGAUGAGGAUGACCUACCAGGAAAGUAUGCAUUCCUAGAUCUUGAUGACAGCUCAGAGAGUGAAGACAUGAUAGGGGAGUACCUGGCAGAUAUGGCUCCCCCAUUUACUACCACUGCCUCCACCACCAACACCUUCACCUCCAUUGAGCUGGCCAUGUCAAAUAGUUUUUCACCUUCAUACCUUGCACCAACACUGCCCAACCACCCAAACAAUCGCUGUGGCAAGGACGCAAGGGGCAGCAUUGGUGGUGAGGCAGUUGGUGCUCCACUGGCCUGCUCUCCAUACCCAGGCCUGGAACAUUCAACAGCUGUGGAUGCAAGACUGGAAGCUGGUGUCUCACUCUUGUCUGAACUUAGACUACAUAUGAUGGCUGCUGUCCACACCUCCCGUCUUUCCUUGGCUGUCACUGCUCCUCUCAAGGUGGGGGGCAGCAUCUGGGGGGACAAUGAGGUGUGUGGGCCUGGUGACCUCACAGCCAGUGUUCACCUCCUCACUGAUGUCUUCCAGAAGAUUCUACUUCAUCUUUCCAUGGAGUUUGAUGGGAGCCAUGUGGAGUCAGUGUUAGGGCUGUGGCUGAGCAUCAACCUUGAACUGGCAGGGGGCAAGUACACCCCAUCCUUAGACCCCACUCUCCCCCUCACUCCUCGUGCUGUAUCAUCCCUCCUCGCUGCUGUUGUUAGGAGUGGCAGUGUCAGCAUGAGGUGUUGGUGCCUGGUGCUGCAGACCCUCACCCUCUGCUGCAACCACACCCCCCAUGAUCCCUCCCCACCAGCACCUGCCACUGCUGCUGACCAGUAUGAUAAUGUUGACCUGAGUGGGCUGGCUAUUAACAUUGUUACAGAUGUUAACUUUGUGCCAACACUUCAGAAGCUCCUGACUGGAUCAUGCACUGCUGGGGCAGACACUAGAAGUGAUGUGGUGGGCAGCACUGUGACAGGUCUGUUGGAGGACCUGCUGGUGCGGCUGAGAGUGCGUUGUGAUGUGGCCAGUAUUACAAGUGGACCAGGUGCCAUCCUGAAGCAGGCUCUUCUCACCCUGGUGGCCCGUCUACUAGAACCUCAGGGAGCCAUUUCACUGGCUAUGGGUCCAUUAGAUGCACAAUGCUGCCUGCUAGGGACUCUGCUAGCUAUGUCCUACGAGGGUCUGGACCGUAUGCACACACCCCUGGCCAUCAUCAGUUCCACAGUGGUACUGGUCCAUAGCCACUUGAUGUCCAAUGAGGGUGUGACUUAUGGAGCCACCAGUCACAGCUCUACCAUGCUGGGAGGACUGUUUGCCUCAGUGUUGGGUUCAGAUGGCCGGCAGGGACCGGCUCCCUCUCGCCUGGCAUUGCUCUGCUCCCUCCUCAACCUGUCCCGUAAACUCGCUCAGACACCUCUGCAUGCUCCGACCCAGGGUCGAGGUGGUGCAAAUGUGACCCCUGGAUAUGAGGAGUCUGGUUCCCUCACUGACUCAAGCAAACUGGAGCAGCAGCGUUCAGACCAUCCACAGUCUAGCCAGACUGAUGAACACAAAGCCAGACUGACUCCACACCACAUCACCUGUCCCCAUGCCUCACCCAACACUACACCUUGCCUCACUGAUACAGUACUGCAGAAUGGUGAAACAAUGCAGCUGCUCCUGAAGUCUGCUGCAGCAUGUGAGGGUGGCAGUGUCUCCAUGUUACUGGGAACAGUAGGUGGGGAGGUGACAGAGAAGUUGUGCCUUGGCGAGACUUUGACAGAGGCACUGCACCAGCUGCUGCUCACCCUUAACAGCAAGGCCACCUCACCUCACCUCAUCCUGGCACCCCUUGUUGCCUUCAUCACCCCAGGUGGGUGGUGGAGUCCACCUUCACUGUCUGAGCCAGCCCUCUGCUUCUUCACAAGGGUGCUGGACUGCCCAACCAUCCUUGAGCAGUUUGCUGCCAUGGGAGGCAUGAAGAUGCUGUGGGAGAAUUUGGUGAACAGUGUAGGAAUGAUGGGGGGUGGUCGAGGAGGCCUUGUGACAGCUGUGAUGAACCACCUUGCCCCUCCUCUACCACCUUCUACUCAGAAUGCACCUUCUAAUAAACGUAAUGAACCAAUUGAGCAAACUGAAGGCCUGUACAACUUUGCUCCUCUGGCUGUGGUCACAUCCAGCAACCCCACUGCCCGACCUGCCAAUGUUUUAGUUGAUUCCAAUCAGCUGUUUCAGAGGACCAAGAGUGCACCCUGGUCAUACCACUUCUAUCCCGAUGAAAGCUGGGUGGACCUUACUCUCACACUGCCCUGUGCUGUGCUACUUCAUGAAGUCCACCUCUUCCCACACACUGUGUCCCUUGUGUCUUGUCCCUCAGCUGUUUCUGUAGAAGUUGGAGUUGAAGGAGGCUACCUCAUGCCAGUCAGUGGACCACUGAGUACAGCUGGCCUCUCUCGGGUGAGGCUUGUCCUGCCCCGGCCAGUGGUGGCAUCCAUUGUAGUGGUGCGGCUCCACCGGCCCCGCGACUCUUCAACCUUGGGUUUGUCCCAGUUGAAGCUCCUUGGAACCACCACCUUUAGAGAAGCCUCCAGGGUUACACAUGAAUCCCCCACCACAGAUCACACUCCUCACCGUGCCAGUAUGUGGUGGCUUCGCCUCAUCUAUCAUAGUAUGUGCCGAGUGGAAGGAGGCCUCAGGAUUGGGGUGGAGGCUGGAGCAAGAGUGCCUGGUGUGAUGGAAGCAUGUGUCACCUUGUUGCUCACUCCUCCUGGGCCAAUGCACUUGGCUGCAGUUGGGUCAGCCCCCCUGGAAGCCACCACCCUUGCCCUGGCUGCACUCUCCCCUCACCUGCUGCACAGCCUCAUCAUGACCUUGUUGACUCAUCCAUUGCUCUGCCAGCCAGCAGGAGGCACCAACCUGGAUGCAGCCAUAGCUCUUCUUUAUGAGCUGUGUGUGGGAAGCAGCAGCAUGGAAGGAGUGUCAGUCCUUCUGUCCUGGCUCAACCACUCUCUCACCUCCCCACUGGCCCAGUCCACCACAGCCCACAGUGACCAUCACUACAGUCUUGCUCCACCCUUGGCCUGGCCAAACCAGCCUUCCCCUCCCUCUUCUCCUGGGGGAAGUGGUGUCAGUAGCGGGGUGAGUGCCGAGGUGUUACACUGCAUUGCUGCAGUACUCUGGAACACACAACACAACAUCACCAGUCUCAUCACUGAUGACCUCUUCAGGCGAGUGUAUGAAUGGUCAGAACGCAGUGAAGGGGAAGUUAAGGUUGGCCUCGACCACAUCAUGUGCUCCAUGUGUCAUGCUCGGCCACCACUCUUCACACAACUGCUGCUCAAUAUGAAUGUUUUGGCAGCCAUUGACAACAACCAGUCCAUUACUGAUGACAGGAAAGACAGGGAAGCUGAAAUUCGAGCUGCCCGGACAGAUGACAUGAAGGAGGGCGUGGAGGGCUCAUCUGGGGCAGUGGAGGGUCGUCUCAUCCUGCAGGACCCCAGCGUCAUCUCUCUCACACCAGCCCAUCUGCAGACACUGGCCACUGUUGCCCAGUCACCUGAGGCCAUACACCUCAUGCUGGAUUCAGGCUUCCCACUGCUGCUGGUACACGGCAUCCUGGAGUGGUGUAAAACAGAGGUGCUACACCAAGUAGAGAGCUGCACCUCACCAAGUGCAGCAGAGAGUGCCACUGACAUGGAGAAGGCCAGUGUGGCUGAAAGAUCUCGAAGUGCUGAGGAUGCUUUCUCUUCAGCUACUGCCCAUGCACCUCCACAGAUAACAGCAGCCAUUGUACCCACUCUUACCACCAACCUAGUGGCCCACACCCUCCACAGCCUGGCAGCCCUGUGUGCUGAGACGCCCAUGAGGGACUGGCUGGGAUCAGCUGAAGGAUCUGUCUUCUGGCUCCCGCUUCUAACUGUCUUGGGUGACCCACUGGUGCGAGGAAGUGAACCUUUAAUGAGAGGUAGUGGAGCAUGUGGAGCAAAGGAAAGUGACUACAGUAGUGUGGAGGAUGCCACUAUCCACUUGAUGAGGCAGUGUUGUCAGAACCACCCCCACAAUCAGGCUCUUCUUGCUUCCACUUUAUGCCACCUCAUUCAGCGGCAGAAUGUUCCUCCUCCAGGAGGCGUGAGUUAUCUCCAUUCCAUGUCUGGAUUUACCAGACGCCUGGUUCUGCAAUUGCUACUGGAAACCGAACGUGUAGUAGUGCACAUCACUAGUCCCCAGGGAGGACUCUCCUCCCCCCCAGGCUGCAGUCUCCCUCCUCUCACACAGCAUCCAAAGUUUGGUGCUGGUCACAAGACACGCUUACUGACUCUUCCCACCACCACUACCUUGGCAGAUAUCAUAAAACUAGUCACAGACUGGUCAAGGGAUGUACUUGUUGGGACAGCUGGAGACUUAGAGUUGCCUCAGGCUGACCAUCGUGAGGCCAAUGAAGUUGGUCACCUAGAACUCAUGGACAAACUCUCUGUAGCAGCUGGAGUCACUGCCAAGGAUAAGAGGAGCAAGAACAAGGCCAAUAUGGUUUACCACUCUCGGCUAGCCAAGAAAGCAGGUGGUGAAGAAGGAGAAAAGCAGUAUCCCAAGUGCACUUCAUCUGCAGUCCGUGCCUCCAGCUCAGCCACUUACACUUUGGUCCAUGAUACCCUUGGCCAAUCCUCCGGCUUGCCCUCAACUCUGACUGUGGCUCAGCUGAUGGCUGCCCUCCGUCAAGACGGCCAUCCCCCUGCUUCUCAUGUCUCCCUGACCCUCACCAACCGCAGAGAUACCGGCAGAGGAGGUGAUGGGGAAGGUGCAAGGGAGUUGGCCCUACUAAGUCUUGCACCUCUGCCUUCCACCUUGCAUGUAUUCACCAGCCAGGGUGGCCUCUCCCUCCUGGCCCAGCACAUGUCCCUGCUGUACCCUGACAUGGCCCAGCAGCAGCCCAACAACCCGUCAUCUUCUCGGAAUGGUGGUGGUGACAAGGGAGAGAUAAUGGUAGAAAAUGAGUGGGUCAGUGUCGAGAUGAAUGACUAUGAGUCUGCCAAUGUGUUUGACUAUCUGGUGAUGGGAGGUGGUGGAGGAGGAUCCCCAGGACCAGUGGGUGGGGGAACAGUGUCUCUGCUUACCCUGCCCUCCAUCCCUCCUCAUGCCCUGGGAGCUUUCACCCUGUUCCUGCGACUCCCAGGCUAUGCAGAGACCUUACUGAAGGACACUCACCAAGCCUGCUGCCUCCUACGCCUUGCCCUGGGAGUGACAGAUGAUGGAGAUGGAGGAGACAUAGUUGGAUCAGGUGUUGGGGGCUCACUAGCAACCAUGCCCUUCCAAGUACUGGAGAACCUGCUGGAAGCCACACCACUCACUACGGAUGAUGGUGUGCUGCUACGCCGCAUGUGUCUGGAAUCUGGUGCCUUGCACCUCAUCCUAGCUUGCCUUGCAGCCCUUUCCCACCAGGACACUCCUGAGGUGGUCACCUCCCUCUACCACCCGAAUGUCCCCAUUGGCCUUGUGGUGGCCACCACUCGAGCCACUUGUGUUGACAGCCGAGAAACUGUUGGACUGCAGCGUGGUGAGGGUGACAGAUGCCACUACUGGGCUAAAGGCACUGGCUUUGGCACUGGCAGCACUACACAGAGCUGGGAUGUUGAACAAGCUCUGGUUCGCCAAAGGGUAGAGGAGGAACAUGUUGUGUGGCUGGUGCGACUUCUGGCAAAGUACAUUAAUCCAGGUGACAUAAUUCCCCCAGAAUUACAAGCCAAUAACACAGAAAGCUUUGAUUCAGCUGCAGAAGGUGGAUCACCUGAAUCUUCACAAAGCAGCCCGGUCUUGCCUCCCCUCUCCCCUCAGUCUCAAGCACCACCAGCUCUACCCCCAGCCCUCCUCACCCUAUUCCAGAACUCGGGCCUUAUCACUACAAUUGCCUCCAACCUCAGCAAUGACUCGGUACUGGAUAUGUCUCGCCAUGUGCCACUGUACCGAGCACUCCUGGCCCUGGUACGGGGCUUGGCAGUCACAUCCAGUCUGGCUCCCCUUCUCAUGACACCCCAGGCCUCCCCUGCUCCUGUCACCGUCACUACCUCUUCAGCCUCUACUGGAAGCACUACCACAAGCACUGCCACCUCUAUCAACAAUACUACCACCACAGCUGCCACAUCUACCACCACCAUCUCUGCAGCCACAACCACCACAGCUGCUGCCACCACCAUCCCAACUCCCACUACUGCCAGCACCACAAUUACCACCCCUGCCUCUGCUACUGUCACCACCACCACUACCACUCCAGCACUUGCCUCAGAGGCUUUGCCAUGCAUCCCUUCUUUGCUGGAAAAAAUGAAGAACACUGUCAACAUCUACAUGGCCAAACUAAAGUGGAAAUCUUCAAAAUCAGGUGUUGGAGGAGGUGGAGGUUGUGGUAGCAAUGGUGGAGGUGGAGGGGGAGGAAGUAACAGUGGAAGUGGAGGGAACAGCAAUACAGGGUCAGCAGAUGAGGCUGAACAGGAAGAAGGCCUUUCUUUAAUCGUGCCAGAUAUACAGAACACUGCCCAGGUGGUGAAGCUGUGCACAGAGAGGCUACAACAAGAGAUGGACAAAGAGGAUCAGACUGAUAGCAUGGCAGCCAGUCAGCCUCCUUCCUCAAGAUCCCUGGUGGAAGUGUACCUCAGCUGCCUCAAACCUCUUCAGUUUGAUACCUAUGAGAUGGUGGUGGAGGACUCAGAACGAGGAAUCCGCUUUGUAGUAUCCCACCAAUAUGAGGGGUCAGUACGGGGUGCAGGGGAUCUCUGCACUUCCCGCAGGAUGAAGCGGCUAGCACAGGAGGCUGUCACCCUGUCAUCCUCCUUGCCCCUCUCUUACUCCUCCUCUGUCUUUGUUCGCACAGACCUCGACCGUCUAGACAUUAUGAAGGUGCUAAUCACUGGACCUGAGGACACUCCUUAUGCCAAUGGCUGCUUCGAGUUUGAUGUAUACUUCCCAGUGGACUACCCAACCUCUCCACUGCACAUCAAUCUCCAGACAACUGGGGAAGGCAGGGUGCGGUUCAAUCCUAACUUAUAUCAGGAUGGGAAAGUGUGCCUCAGUAUUUUAAACACAUGGCACGGACGGCCAGAAGAAAAGUGGAAUCCCCAAACGUCAUCUCUUCUACAAGUCCUUGUGUCCAUUCAGAGUCUGAUCUUUGUUAGUGAGCCAUACUUCAAUGAGCCAGGCUAUGAGCGAUCCAGAGGAACGCCCACUGCCAUGCAGAACUCUCGUGAAUAUGAUGCAAACAUCCGUGCAGCCACAGUAAGAUGGGCCAUGCUGAACCAACUGCGUAAUCCCUCUCCAUGCUUUAAGGAGGUAGUGGAGAGACAUUUCUGGCUCAAACACAAGGAAAUCCUGGAGCAAGUAGAGGGUUGGAUAGCCAACAUGGAGAGUCUGAGUGAGAAUCGACGGACAGGCAAGAACAUAGCACUCAACACUGUGAGCCUUAAGAAAAACUUCCAACUUCUAAAGGAAGAGUUCCGUAAAAUGAGUCCCCCACCAGGCCUGGAAGGGGUGCCUCUAUCCCCAGCGCUUGCUUCUGCUCGCUCUCCCGCAGCCUCAAACUAUAGAGAGGCAUUGGGUGCUGACAAGGACCGUGAGACCUCUCAGGGAGGAAAGGAGAAGGAGCCUUGGGGUGCAGCAGGAGUCCAGGCUGGAGGUCCUGUUCGUACCCGCAUCAGGAAGACCUCUCGGGCUAACUUAUUUGCAGGGAAGCAUGGGCCCCAUGGUGCAGGGAUCAGAGUUAGCUCCAGUACACCUAUACCCCAGGAACCUGCAACCACACUACCAGGAAAAGUUCCUCAGCCUGGUCCUAUCUCCCAGGACCCAGCACCUGGUACCUCUGCCACCCCUGCCCAGGGAGACCCUCACCCUGUUACCACAGUGCCUGAGACCCCCACCUCAGCCUGUUCCACCCAGGAUGGGCUCCCCAGUGAGGCUCAGGAAGUGUUCAACCAUGUGAACCACAAUAGUUCUUCAGUGGAAGAUGGAGCAGUUACCCCUGCAGGCACCCCCUGCUAGCAAUUCGCACCCCUGCCCCUUUGUCCUCUGGUUCCCACAUCACAUACACAGAACCUUUAUCCACAUGUACACUACAUCCUCCAAUCCUGCCCUGUCCACCCCUCUGUUCAUUGGUGCACUGGGUUUUAAUAAUCAAUGGAACUUCUUUUUUUUUUCUUUUAAAUUUGCUACAAAUCUGACUUUCUAGUAUAAUUUUAGUGAUUUUGCAGCGGCAUUCGGGCUGAGUAUUUAUCCCGACCGCCCCACCACUGUGAUUUAUGCGAUAAUAGUCAUGCUGUGAGGAAUAUCCUAGGACAGCUGCAGAAAGAGAGUGAGCAACUCGACCUGCCUUGUGCUGCCCCGACCCAGCUGGAACUGAGCUAUUUAGCAAUCAUUUGCAUGUUGCUAGUCAUCUUGUGAGUGUUGUUUAGCAUGAUGGCCAGCUACUUUUGGCUCCUUGCACCAACAAGCAGGCGAACAGGCAGGGAAGUCAAGGAUGGCUACACGUUGUACAAAUCACCCUAAAAUCCACCAUGCCUUGCCCUGGCCUGCCCUGCCCUGUGUGAGAUGCCUUUGCCUGGCCAGCAACAGCAGCCCCAGUUGGUGACAGAAAUUCCCCACAGUGGAGCAGGGAGACUGUUCUUAUGGUGAUGUUUGUCACAGAUAUUGUGUGUAACUUCUUGUCUAGCUCUCAGGUACUGCCUCCCUUCAGCCAGUGGGGAAUGCCGGACAGUGCUGGCAGGACAACCUAGAAAAAGAACACUGCAAGUUGAUCAUAUUUGCAUAUCGUGAUGUCAUUUAAGGAGAAAACUUUGUAAACUACUUCUUACCCACUUGACAUAGCUUAUGAUAGUUUUGUAAAUAUAUAAAUGUCAACAAUAAAUAGUUAAGUAAAGAGUACAUUAUGAAAA